AUCAUAUUUCUUGUUACGAUUGGUCACAACAAAAGUGGUGAAAUUGGCAUUGAUGAUGUGACGUUUAUAGAUGGGGAGUGUCCUUACACAGGAACAACUGAUUUUGAGGAUGGAUUUGAUGUCUUUCAUAAUGUUUACUCUAAUGAUUUCAACUGGGUGAUUGCCAGUCCAAGUGAUGGCAUUUUUGUAUGGCUACCAGCAACAGAUUUUUCUUCAAACUCAAAAGAUGGUCAUUUUGCAGUUGUAUCAUUUAACUUCAGUCACUCUGCAGGCAGCAAGGCAGAGCUAUGGGGCCCUCUGUCUCCAGAAAUGUAUGAUUACUGCACCACUUUCAGUUUUUAUGUGCAUGGAAGUGACCCAGGAGUGCUGAAUGUCACAUUUGUUGACUUCCUAGAAAAAAGCAGAGUGGUAGUCUGGUCUUACAGUCCCACUUCUGCAAACAAAGACUCCAGAAUUGAUGCACAGUUGCCUCAUGUCUAUGCCAGCAAAUUUUAUGUGAGUAUUUAUCAAACAUUUUUAAAGUAUGGUGUCUUCUAG